AUGGGUUUCCGCCACAACAAUAUCCUUCAUAACAACCACUUCCACAAGGACUGGCAGCGCCGGGUGCGUGUGUGGUUCGACCAGGCUGGCAGGAAGAAGAGCCGCCGCAACGCUCGUGCUGCCAAGGCCGCUGCGCUCGGCAUGCGCCCGCUCCAGCCGCUCCGCCCGGCUGUGCGUGCCCCGACCCUGAAGUACAACACCAAGCUGCGCCAGGGCCGUGGCUUCACCCUUGAGGAACUCAAGGCUGCCGGUAUCCGCAAGGUCGAGGCUCGCUCGAUCGGUAUCCCUGUGGACCACCGCCGCCGCAACAAGAGCGAGGAGAGCCUGAAGCUCAACGCUGACCGUCUCAAGGCCUACAAGGAGCGCCUGAUUGUUCUUCCGCGCCGCACCAAGAAGAACAAGAACCAGAAGCCUGACCUUUCGUCGGUGCAGACCACUCGCGCUACCCUGGCUGCCUUCCCGAUCCCGGCUGGCACGACCGCCGAGGCUCCUCGUGCUAUCACUGCUGAGGAGAAGGAGGUGGAUGCUUUCCGCACUCUCCGUAUGGCCCGUGCUAUCCACCGUACGGAAGGUGCUCGCAAGGCUCGCCAGGCCAAGCGUGAGGAGGAGGCUGCCAACGCUAAGAAGUAA